AUGUCGAACCUGAGCAUAUGGCACUGGGGGCUGUUCGAGUAUGUCUCCCUGUACAUCGACUUCGCCGGCAUGAUCGGGAUCAUCGCAAACCUCCUGAACAGCCUCGCCAUCAUGACCACGCGGAAGCUGCAGAACUCCUCCAACGCCUUCAUCCUCAACCUCAGCUUCCUGGACAUCCUGGUGGCCUGUCUGGGACUCGUGGUCAGACUACAGGUGUUCAUGCCGAAGUGGGUGCCGGGAGACGCGUGCGAGGCCGUCGGAGCGCUCACCUGCAUCGCGCUGGCGACGUCAGCCGUCAACCUGGCCGCCAUCGCCGUCAACAGGUACUACUUGGUCACAAGGGGGCCGCUGGAGUACAGGAGGGCGUUCUCUAAGAGGAGGACGGGUGUGUACAUCUUGCUCGUGUGGGUGAUAGGGGUCAUCUUCAACCUUCCGCCGAUACUCGGUUUCGGGAGGUACGGGUACAACGAGAAGACCCAGAUGUGCACCUUCGUGUACAGGGACAGGAGGAUGUACUUCCACAUGUUCCUCGGGACCAUCUUCGGUUUCGGCGGGGUGGUCCUCACCGUCGGCGUUUGUUACCUGAAGAUCUACCUGGUGUUGCGUCGCCUGAGGAGGCUCAGGCCGGGGGCGAGGCUUCCACGUCACGCCUGGACUGACGCCAUCACAACGCGCCUACACCAGAUCGAACGCCAGGACGCGAAACUGGUGACGUCGCUGUUCUUCGUGUGCUGCGGGUUCUGCGUGUGUUGGCUCCCGCUUCUGAUGACGAUUCUCGUCGACUAUAACUUUGACGCGCCGCCGGCCGCCUACCUGCCCGGGGUCAUGCUGUUGUUCACCCACCCAGUUGUCAAUCCGUUAAUCUACCUUUGGGUCAACAAAACGUACCGCCAGGCGUACAAGAAGAUACUAUGCUGUCGAAAAAGUAGGUGUUGCCCGUGA